UUCAAUAAGACUUGGUGGCGCAGAAAACGGCGCGAAUGCAUAAACAUUUUGCUACAACAUUUAUAAAAAUUCGGUAAAAGUAUGUCUGGAAACAAUAGUACGGUUGCGCGCAUGCCAUGGGUGGAAAAAUAUCGGCCCAACUGCUUGGAUGACCUAAUAUCCCAUGAAGAAAUAAUUUCAACGAUCAAUCGCUUUAUUAAUCAGAAGCAGCUGCCCCAUUUGCUCUUCUAUGGCCCACCAGGCACAGGUAAAACGAGCACUAUUUUGGCCUGUGCCCGUCAGCUAUAUUCACCAGCACAUUUUAAGUCCAUGGUACUCGAGUUGAAUGCGUCUGAUGAUCGUGGCAUUGGAAUCGUUCGUGGUCAGAUUCUUAACUUUGCCUCGACUCGUACCAUUUUCUGUGGCACCUUUAAGCUGAUCAUACUGGACGAGGCAGAUGCUAUGACGAAUGACGCACAGAAUGCCUUGCGUCGCAUUAUUGAAAAGUAUACGGAAAACGUGCGCUUCUGCAUCAUAUGCAAUUAUCUAAGCAAAAUAAUUCCAGCGCUUCAAUCGCGUUGCACACGUUUCCGCUUUGCCCCACUCUCACCAGAGCAGAUGAUGCCGCGCCUUAAUAAGGUUGUGGAGGAGGAGAAUGUCAACAUUACAGAUGAUGGAAAAAAAGCAUUGCUGACCCUCGCUAAAGGUGAUAUGCGAAAGGUUCUGAAUGUGCUUCAGAGUACUUCGAUGGCCUUCGAUGUAGUCAACGAGGAUAAUGUUUAUAUGUGUGUGGGAUAUCCACUUAGAAGUGAAAUUGAAAAUGUGCUACAGACAUUGCUAUCAGCAGCCACAUUCGACUCGGCAUUUGAUACAAUUGAGGAAGCGAAGAGUAAGCGAGGACUUGCUUUAGAGGAUAUUGUUACAGAACUACAUUUGUUUAUUAUGAGACUUGAACUGCCCAUGUCGGUUAUGAAUAAAUUAAUAAUUAAGCUGGCAGAAGUUGAGGAAAGAUUAACCAAGGGCUGCUCGGAGACUGCACAAACUGCAGCGCUGGUAUCUGCGUUCUUUAUAAGUCGUGACAUGGUGUCUCUGGAAGGGUAGAGAGCAACUCAUUAAAUCGUUCAAAAUUUAAAAUA